UGGUGUUCCGCUCCCUACCUCUCGCCCAACCCUCGAGUCAAUCCCCCCACCAUGUCCACAACACCCCACCUCACAAAGCGAAUCCUCAUAACCGGCGCCUCGCGGGGCAUCGGCCUAAGCAUUGCGCAACGGUUCGCAUCGCUCGGCGCAUCCAUCAUCCUGCUCUCGCGCACCACCUCGCAGCUCACCGCCGCGCUCGCCACGCUCCCCGCGCACCCCACCCAGCCGCACACGACAAUCACGGGCUCCGUCAGCUCCGUCGAGCUGUGGGAAACGAUCCGGCGCUCACACAAGGACAUCGACGUGCUGAUCAACGCGGCGGGCGUCUCGUGCAACGCGCUGCUGGUGCGCACGUCGCAGUCCGCCAUCGCCGCAACGCUGGAGACGAACCUGCUCGGAAGCAUCUAUGCCAGCCGCGCGAUCGGGCGGAACAUGCUCGUACGCAAGGCCGGUUGCAUCGUUAAUAUCGGCAGCGUGCUGGGCCUGCAUAGACAUAUCGCCGGCAGCAGUGUUUACGCUGCGUCGAAGGCGGGUGUGGUCGGGUUCUCGAGGGCGUUGGCGGUAGAGAUGGGGCCAGGCGGCGUCAGGGUCAAUGUCAUCACCCCGGGGUAUGUGGAGACCGAUAUGACCACUGGGAUGACGGGGGCGGCGAGGGAGGCGGCGCUGGGGGCUACGCCGGCUGGCAGGUUUGGUGUGCCCGAGGAGGUGGCGGAUGCGGUGGUGUUUUUGGUCGGGAAUGGAUACAUGAAUGGCGCAGAGAUUGUGGUUGAUGGUGGGCUUGGGUGCACAUGAUGACGGUGAAGGUAGGCUCGCGGUUGUGUAUAUAUGGUCCUCCCACUACGUCGGCAGACAGACACGGAGAUGGAAAGGCACUUGGACAGAUAGGGAGACGGGAACCAGCAGAAAGACAGACACCCGGUGUAAAUGGUAAGGACAUGACGAAACCCAGAA